AACCUUCGACCCCGCUCUUGGACGUCGCUCAGCCACACAUUGCAACAUGGUCUUUAAGGUCCUCUUGGUCGCAGCCGCCGUGCUCUGCCUCGGCCGGGCGUCCCCGCAGAGGUACCAAGCCCUGGGCGUCCUGCAGCCCCAGAACUCUCGUGACCUGGGCGACUACGAGAACAUCGUCGCCGCCACCAUCGACGUGCUGCCCGAAAUCGUCAAGGUCUUCAGCAAGAUCACUCAGGCCCGGGGCAGGCCCAGUGAACCCCAGAUCAUCAAUAGGGUCAUGACAGAGUUCUUGCCCAUCACACGCAAGGUCAUGGAGGCCACGGAGAAGGUGGAGGGCACCAAGAUCCCGGACGACACGUACCACCGCUUCAACGCCGCCGAGAGGGUCAUGCCUCACGUGGUCACCUUCAUGGAGCAGCUCAGGGCCAUGGACUUCUUUGGAAUCUCCACCACCACGAAAAGGUCCAUUUAACGUCUGUAGCGUUGCUAUCCACUCGACUUCGAACGAGCUCUUUGGCAGUUCCUCUCUCUCUGUCAUCGUGUCCCCUCUUCCAUUGUUUGAUUUGGUUUCUAUCGCAUUUAUGUUCAUAUGUAAACAGUAUCUCUUCUUAAAGCUGUCAGUCCAAAUCUCUCUGCUAGAGGUAUCCUCUAAGUAAAUAUUAGUAUAGAAUUGUACAGUGUACAAGUAAAGAUAUAUAAACACAAUAAA